AUCACUUUUCACUCCCAUCUACACUCACUCACUCACUCUCUCUCAAUCUCUCUCUCUCUCUCUCUUUCUACUUUCCCCUCUCUCUCUCUCUCUUUCUGCCCUCUUUCCUUUUCUAAAACUUGGAAUAAUCACCGGAACCAUCCACGAAACAUCGCUCCGUCUCUGAUCCUACGGCACACAAUUAAUAAGCGCCAAACCAUGGGUCCCUACGAUUCUUCCAUCAGCAGCAGUGGUAGCUCAUCAUCAUGCGGUGGCAAAGCACCGGAUCAUGUAGACGGUCUUCUCGCCGGAGCCGGGUACAAGGUCCGAUCCUUGGAUCUCCUUCAAGUUGCCCAGCGUCUCGAACGCCUCGAGACCAUCAUGGUUAAUGCCCCCUCAGAUAUCUCUCACCUCGCAAACGACGCCGUUCACUACAACCCCUCCGACCUCUCUUCCUGGGUCGACUCAUUGCUCUCCGAGCUCAACCAACCCAUCCCCGCCUUCUCUGAUCUCGCCUUUCCCGAGGGACCCUCUUCAGAUCAGACGGUUCAUACAAGCGCGUGGACGGACCACCAUGCGGCUGAGCAGCACCAAGAAAUUCCCCAGAAGCCAACGGCCGUUACCACGGUCGAGGAAGAUUCCGGUAUUAGGUUGGUCCACCUGUUGAUGACGUGUGCCGGCUCGGUCCAACGUGGCGAGUUCUCAUUGGCCGUGUCGUUGAUUGAUGAGAUGAAUGAAUUGUUGACACGUGUGAAUACCAGCUGUGGCAUAGGGAAAGUCGCCGUGUAUUUUGUCGAAGCACUUAGCCGCCGGCUCUUCACGCCGCAAGGGGCUGGCGCAAUUGGGUCGGCAUAUGAAAAUGAGAUAUUGUACCAUCACUUCUAUGAAGCUUGUCCUUACUUGAAAUUCGCUCAUUUCACCGCUAAUCAAGCAAUAUUAGAAGCUUUCGAUGGCCAUGAUUGUGUCCACGUCAUUGACUUCAACUUGAUGCACGGCUUACAAUGGCCGGCGUUGAUUCAAGCCUUGGCUCUACGCCCAGGUGGGCCUCCAUCACUCCGUUUAACCGGAAUUGGCCCGCCUUCAUCGGACGGUCAUGAUUCGCUUCGAGAAAUUGGGCUUCGAUUAGCUGAAUUAGCUCACUCCGUUAAUGUUCGAUUCGCUUUUCGUGGCGUUGUAGCUUCACGGCUUGAAGAUGUCAAACCAUGGAUGUUACAAGUCAGUUCAAAAGAAGUCGUGGCUAUAAAUUCCUCCAUGCAGCUCCAUAGGCUACUUGUAUCGGAUCCAACCCGUGCUUCGCCAAUUGAUAUUGUUCUCGGGUGGAUUCGGAGCUUGAAUCCAAAAAUCAUGACGGUCGUUGAACAAGAAGCAAACCACAACCAACCCGAGUUUUUGAACCGAUUCACUGAAGCUUUAUACUACUAUUCAACAAUGUUCGACUCGUUAGAAGCUUGUUCAGCUCAGCCAGAGAAAGCCUUUGCCGAGAUGUAUAUUGAGAGAGAAAUAUCUAAUGUAGUGUGUUGUGAAGGCUUGGCUCGAGUUGAGAGACACGAGCCACUUGCUAAGUGGAGGGCCCGAUUGGGUGAAGCCGGGUUUAGGCCACUCCAUUUAGGAUCCAAUGCAUUCAAGCAAGCUAGCAUGUUGUUAACGUUGUUCUCGGCUCAAGGGUAUCAUGUGGAAGAGAAUGAAGGGUGCUUGACGCUUGGCUGGCAUAGCCGACCUCUCAUUGCGGCUUCAGCUUGGCAAACCAUUUCGGAGCCCAGUCCUUCAUUUGGUUCAAUUAGUCAUCAUAAUAAUGUGCUUUAAAAUUUGUAAUAUGUGUCUAAGUUCUCCAUUAAUCUUAUUUUCACACUUUUUUUAGCAAUAUGAUUUUUAUCGCGAACUUUUUUUCA